AAAGCUGUGAAGCUUCUAUUGUUUUGAAAAAUAUUUAUUUAUUUUUUGUAAAAAGAAAAAGCGCAAACGAAAAUGAAAGAAAUUAAUAUUAACAUAGAAGGUUACAAUGUAAAUGGUAUCUGCGUCGGUUGUUUGAAUUACAAUCGCAGGAUGUUCUGUUGUAACGAAGUUAAGGAAUGCUUUAAACUAUUAGGAAAUAUCGACGUACCAGACGGUUUAACAGUUCAAGUAUGCUGGGAGUGCUUUGCUGCCAUCAGAACUGUAAAAAGCUUUCAAGAACAAAUUUUAAAAUCCUACGAUAUCCUCUAUGAUUAUUCUAAAAAGUACAUGUUUCUAAAUUCACCGAAGGAUUUAACUAAACAUGCGACUUCGCGACUGGUUAUGACCCCAAUGGAGCUCACAACAAUACAAGACAAUAACAGUAAUCUGUCGAAUGAAGUUCAAGUGAAAAUUGAACGUGAGAAUGGUGAUGCAUUUGUUGAACCUGAGGCAUUGCUGAACGAAGAAUUGAAAUUGGAAAAAGAUCAAGAGGAAGAUUGUGCAGAUGAUUUUCAAUCUCAAGACGCUGGAGUCUCGUCCGAGGAAGACGUCAAUCUUUUGUUGUUAAAAGAGGAAAAGGAAAAGCAGGAGAAGAAAAAGAGAAAGAAGAAUAGAAAAAUGGCAAAACCUGAGAAAAAAGAAAAAAUAUCCCGCAAAUUGAAGAAUCUACCCGUGAACCAAGUUGAACUGUGUCACAUGCAAGAAAGCGAAAUGUGGGUAGUAAGAAAAAAUGAUGUCCAGAACGAGUACUUUCAAUCGUUGAAGUAUAAGUGCUCUGACUGUCUAAUCGGCUUCAACACGGCGAGGCUCAUGUGUGAUCAUAUGGAAGGAAAGCACAGACCUAAGGGCGCCGGCAGCCACAAGUGCGACGUGUGCAACGUUUAUCUGCUCACGAAGGACAACUUACUGCUGCACAGGUCCUUGCACCAGAUCGCGUAUAUGUGCGUAAAGUGCGCAUACAAAACAACCGUCAAGAAGAUUAUGUCGAAGCAUCUUUAUACCCACAACGAGGGUAUGAAAGAAGAAUACGUCUGUUCGAUUUGUGGCAGUGAAUUCGGGACAAAAUCAAAAUUGAAUUACCACAAAGCGGCUUGGCAUCAGGAGAAGCCACAGUGCGACUGCUGCGGUAAAGUCUUCGCCAGUAAGAUGACAUUAAAAUAUCAUUUAAGAGUAGUGCCUCAAAAUAAAGAGGAGAAGCCGAAGGAGAAACUGUAUAUACCGUGCAAGGGAUGCAGCAAGGUGUUCCACUCGAAGAAAAGCUACAGGGCUCAUGCGGUGGUGCAUUCGGGGAUGACUUAUCCGUGCCCGAUAUGCGGGAAGCUGUUCCAGUGGAAGCGGAACCUGGCCCGCCAUACGAGGAACCACCGCGAGAAGGACACGGGCGCCGUGUACGAGUGCCGGGAGUGUAACAAGACCUUCGCCAGCCGCGACUGCUACGCCAACCAUCUUAGGCUGAGCAAGAAGCACGCCCCGCCAGAUUCCUACGUUCACGAAUGCAGUUUCUGCGGUAAGAAGUUUGCAACUAAAUGGUGUAUGGUCGAUCACGUGGACUGGGAACAUUUGAAGAUCAUAAAAUAUCAGUGCAGCGUUUGUUUUAAGGCUUUCAAAACUUCAAAAAUAUUAGUGGCCCACGUCAAUAAUAUUCACGGCGGCAAAAAGAAGGAGGAGGAAAGCGAACGUCUCUGUGAUAUCUGCGGGAAGUCUUAUAAGACAGAAAAACGACUCAAAGGCCACGUUUGGGCGAUGCACACGAAGAGGUCGACCGCGAAGAGCUUCAAAUGCAAACUCUGCCCGGCCACGUUCACUUGGCAGACCUCAAUAUACAAGCACAUGAAGAUGAUGCACGACAGCAAGAGGAACAAGCAAACAAGGUCUCAACCAGUUAAGAAGGAGGAUCCGUAUCCGGGUAUCGAACUGGCGAACCGCGAUCACUAUUUCCAGCAAAAUAUUAAUUUAAUGCAGAACAUUGUACAGUCGGUACAUGUGCAACCCUUGGAGGUAGUUCACAAUUUAGGAUAAAAAAGUUUAGGGAUUUUUCUUCUGAAAGACUUUAAUAUCUCUUCCCAGUGACCAUCUUUUGUUAAAGUAGAUGUGUCUACAAAUAAUCCAAAAUAAUCAAUACAAGUCACGCUCUGCUGUGACCAUGUAUGUCUAAACAUAUGAAAUAAACAUUUUUAUAAGAAUAAUUAUAUAAUCCUCAACACUAUUUAAAACUUCGACUUUAAAUGACUUCCGAUAUUUCAUUAUUGUGAAUACCGUAAUUUUGUAUUGUCAGGGUGAAUUCAGAUUCAUCAGUCCUCAGUCUAUCAGUAAUCAUGAGUUUCUCAGCAGUGCCGAAUUACCGGGAAAAUAUUACACAUUACCGGGACUAUAUUUUACUUUUAUUCGUACUUGUCUCGCAUUUGUUAUUGUUUUCAUUGGCUCAAUACUUUACGGUUUUCAUUGGCUUGAACGACCCACCACAUUAAAUCGUAAAAGCAGUCUUAAUAGAUAUAAUUAUUGAAAUUAUUACUAAACUAUCACAUGUAUGCACUGCACUGUACACGUUAAAAACAUUCCCCAGAAAAGUAUACAAAGUUUCAACUUUUUAUUGCCUAUUUAUUGAUUAAUUAUUACAAGAUUUUUAUUGACUAUCCAUUGUAAAAAAGGAAUCAAAUUAACAUUAAUAAGUUGUUAUUAGUACCCACAUUUUAUGAUGAAAUAUUUUAUUAAUUUUAAAAGAUAAACUGUUGAACAUUCUACAAGAGGAAUAAUUUAAAUCAAAGUAUUUAUCUCUUCAAUAUGCACUCCUCAAAUGUCUAUGUUAUCUUUGAAACUAAUUUAUAGAUGUUUUGGGUUACUGAUGUAGGGUCUGCAAAUAAUUCAAAAUUAAUAGUAUUUCUUAUUGUGAAUAGCAAUAUGAAUAUUUAACUUUAAAUUAAAUUUUCAAUAUUUGAAAGACGUUCUAUUAUAAAUGAUGAAAAACUUAAUGAGGUAUUAAGUUUUACAAUGAAAUAGUCACAAUUAGACAACUCUGAUGAGAUAGUCUGAUGGUCUGUCAACUGUGAUAAUCAGGAUCAACAUGCUGACUAUGGAACUCCUCAUCUCUUAGCAGCUUAGAAAUUAAGUAAGUGUUCCAUUCAAAUGUGAUAACUCUAUCUGUAUCAAGUUUCAAGGAUCAUCAUUAAAAUAUUGCUUAUACACUGUUUUUUUUACUCUGUUUAUUACCAUUUCAUUAAUGGGUAUUGCCAUAUUAUACAAUAGUAUUAUUACUUUAAGUGUUUUUGUAAAUAAAUGAUUUCAGUAUACUUUGAUUUUUUUAUAUAUUGAAACAAAUUGAAUAGUGUG